UAUUUGAUACAUGAACUAUGUUUUAAUUUAUGCCCUCUUCAAAACUGAACUGCAAUUCCUCCGGUGGAUAGAGACCAAGAAGCUGAAAAUGGAGAUUCUGUUGUUAACUGCUUUCAUCAUCUUUGUUAGUGCUGACAAGCUUUCAGGGGAAUUUCACACUCUCUACUUAGCAGCUGAUGAAUUAAAGUUCAUAGGAGACAAUGGGCCACUAAAAAUUUAUGUACGUCAUAUUCAGUUUCAAAAUAAUGAUGAAAUGUGCAUCACCUUUUAUAUGAGGCAAAACUAUGGAUGCCAGCUUUAUGCCGUUUUGGCUAAAAAGUUUCUUCCUGGCAUGUUUAUCACAACAAGGAAUCCCAAACCAUCAUCAACCAGAAGCCAGGGUAGGAAUAUUUAUAUUACAGAAUUAUGGAUGUUUGCUUAUACGUUUUCUACUCUCCCUGAAAGUUGGGUUUAUACAAACGAAGAUGGAACUAAAGAAUCAGCUGUCUUUUCAUUUUUAUUAUAUUUUGUAUCAAGCACAACAUUAUUCAUAGACUUGAAGUUUUUUGUAAAGAAUGGAAGCAGUAUAAACUUCACUGCAGCAUUAUCAAAAGAAAUCAGUCUCAGUGAAAACUUAUGGGACUUCUUUCUGGAUUUGACUACGGAUGAUGGAAUUCCAGUUGAAAAUAUACAAGAUGCCCUUACAAAUGACACCUGUCCUCAAGGAAGAUAUUGACUUGGUUAUAAAACUGAAACAGCUUGAAACGUUUCUGUCCAUGGAAUCAAAGUUACAAAUACAAAUUUGAAUCUAUAUUUCUUCCCCAAUGAUUUUAUCACAUUUUCUUUCUGGUUCAGAUCCUUAACUCAGUAACUUACUUCAAGUUUCUUGCCUUACCCUUUUUAAUACACUUUUCUUUUUCUGUGAUUCACUAAAUAAAUUUA